GCUCCCUCCUUCCAAUGGUCUGCACUGUGCUGCCGCUGUGGGUUCUUCUCCCCCAGACUCCCCCCCGCUUAAGAAAGCAGCAAACUGGGAGCUCGUAACACGCAGUGAUCCAUAUGGCACCUCCGGCAGACGGCGAGGUUUUCUCAGUUUCGGAACCAGCAGCGCCAGUAAGCCAUUUCCCGAUUUGACGUCCAGCAUCCGACGAUUGUUUUUGCUGGAAGUGGGAGAGAUAAAAAAAAAAAGAGAUUCCGGUGAAAGCGUGAGGUUUGGGAGGACGAACGAGGAGGGGGGAAAAAAACCUGGGAAGUUUGCGAGCUUUGUCCACCGCCGCCACCUUCAUGGAAACGUAGAGUCAUCCUCCCCGAAGAUGGUUUGGGGGUAGUUGCACGCAGUCUGGGUUGCAGCUGGCAGCAGUUUUUCGAAAGGUUUACGGCGGGAAACACAGUUGGAAAAAACAAAAACUUUCCCCUUGUGUGAAGAAUAACAAGGCGGUCGGUUUUCUGAAAAGUAAUCUUUACGCACGCUGCGCGCACACACACACGCGCGCGUUUGUGCAACCCGAGAUGCGCCUGUUGAGCCCGUCGUGCGGAGAAAUCCGAGGGACAACGCACAUGUGCGGCGUGAUGCGUUCGGUUCUCCCGCUGCUGCUCGCGGCCGCGCUGUGCUGUCACGGCUGUCCGGACAAGUGCUUGUGCUUCUCGCAAACCGUGAAAUGCGUAAACCAGGACUUGGAUGCGAUUCCGCGUUCUUUGCCGGCAGACACCAAGUCCCUGUUCGUCACGGGCAACCGCGUCUCCCGAGUCAGCGCGGACUCGUUCCCGACCCGGCUGCCGUCGCUCACGGACCUCUAUCUCGGCGGGAACGGGAUCGAGUCCGUGGAUGCGAUGGUGUUCGACAACCUGCCCAACCUGGCGCGCCUGGACCUGAGCAACAACAGGAUCCAGGCUUUCAGCGAAAGAGCCUUCCCGGAGGACAACAAAGUGCAGCUCCUGAACCUCAGCAGGUCUUUCCACAAUCACUCCUUCAUGGACGUGGUCCAAAGCGUCCUGCAGGGAGGAAACCUCCUCCAGCUGGCAGUCCUGGACCUGUCCAACAACGACCUUGUGAUACUUCCGGACGACAUGUUCACGGGCCUCCCCAGCCUGACCAACCUGAGCCUGCAGAACAGCUCGGUCCUGUCGGUUCUGAACGGGACGCUGAGGGCGCCGCCGCUGCGUGACCUUGACCUGAGGGACAACGGCCUGAGGGACCUGCCCUUCGCCACCCUGGAGGACCUCGGCCUCAAGCCCGCCCUGCACGUCCAGCUGGCGGGGAACCCGUGGCGCUGCGACUGCUUCUUCGAGGACACGCUGCUGUGGCUGAAGAACUCCACCCAGGUGGUCGACGCGCAGAACCUGACCUGCGCCGACCCCAAGGCCCUGAGGCGCCGGCCGCUCCUGCGGGUGGAGCGGUCGCAGCUGAAGUGCUCGGGCGACAUGGAGGGCGUGCUGGAGACGUCGUACGUUUUCCUGGGGCUGGUGCUGGCGCUGAUUGGCGUCAUAUUCCUGCUGGUGCUCUACCUGAACAGAAAGGGCAUCAAGCGGUGGAUUUACAACAUCCGUGACGCUUGUAGGGACCACAUGGAGGGGUACCAUUACAGGUAUGAGAUCAACUCCGACCCGCGCCUGGCCAGCCUGAGCAUCAAUUCAGAUGUGUGAGCGAGGACGGGACACUGUCUGGGACCCCGCAGUGAGAUCCAUAUCCAUAUAGAUAUAGAUGCAUAUACUGUAUAUCUAUCUCUAUAUCCAUAUAUGACAUGACUUGUACUGUUGAAAUAUGCAUGAAAGUUUUCUUCAACCCCCCCCCAUGAUGCUAUCCAGAUGUUGCAUCUGCCAUUGCUCCUAAUUAACCCCCCUCAGAGCUUCCAUUCAACAACUGCUGCAUGUCCGGUACAAAUACAAGGCAGCCGUGAUGUCGACGGUAGCCUCCACGUAACAUUGCAUGGAUAACGGCAAAGAUUAUUUGGGGAGAGUUACAAAGAGUGAUGUAUCCUGUUUUAGGAUAAACCUAUGGAGCUUGAACCUAUGGAACAUUGACUUUUAGGUGAGAAGAAGCAUUGCAUCCUUGUUACUUUGCCUCUGAUGCAGAGAAAUGCUCCACUGCUUGUUUCUGUUCUUUUUAUUAUGUGAAUUUGUGAAAUAGAGUAUGCAUAUUCGGAAUGAUUAUAGUGCACAUUGCAUAGUUAUUGGAUUUAGUAGGUGGAUGUAAUUGCUUUUUCUUUUUAUUUUUUGUGGAGUUAUUCGUCGAAAUAAAAUGCGUCUGAGUUGCUGGUAUUUGUCUCGACUAAGGGCCUUUUUAAUGUUAAGAGCGAGCUGUGCGAUCCACGACUUUCACUCCCUCCUGAGACGAAGCCAAUGGCAAACACUAACUCUUAUUCCAGUUCAACCAUGUGUGGGAACGUCAUUUUUAUACUGUAACGUCUCUACGGCAACAGCUUAAGCGGUGAGCUGCUACAGCUGCAAAUAAAGUCAAAUUGAAGCUGAA